UCCGCAAGAUUGUACGAUCGUGAAUAUUCAAGAAACGAACCAAUAUAAACUACAGCAGCUGUAUUAUUGCUUCUCAAAGGCUCAUGAAUGAGAAAGAAGUUGUUCGAUAGUUUUAUACAAUAAUGACUACGCCGUUGAAGGCUAACAUUUCUCGGGGGAAUCCUGACAAAGUCUUCGAACUGGUUGAGAAAAUUGGAGGAGGGACGUAUGGCGAUGUAUUUAAGGCACGAGUGAUUGCCACUGGUGAGCUUGCCGCUGUCAAGGUUGUGAAAGUUGAACCAGGAGAUGAUUUUGCUCUCAUCCAACAAGAGAUUGCCAUGAUGCAACAAUGCCAACACGGCAAUAUAAUCAAAUAUAUUGGAAGCUACAUGAGGAGGGAAAAGUUAUGGAUUGCCAUGGAGUUUUGUGGUGGUGGUUCGUUGCAAGAUAUAUAUUGUGUCACAGGGCCUUGUUCGGAGCCUCAAAUAUCAUAUGUGACCACUGAAACUCUUAAGGGUUUAGCUUAUCUKCAUAAUAAAAAUUUGAUGCAUCGAGAUAUAAAGGGUGCAAAUAUUCUUUUGACAACAAGUGGCGAUGUUAAACUAGCUGACUUUGGCAUAUCUGCCAGAAUAACUGAAACUAUGAAAAAAAGAAAUUCAUUUAUUGGUACUCCAUACUGGAUGGCACCAGAAAUGGCUGCUGUUGAAAGGACUGGUGGAUAUGAUCUCAAGUGUGAUAUAUGGGCAGUUGGUAUAACAGUUAUAGAAUGUGCUGAAUUACAGCCUCCAAUGUUYGACCUUCAUCCUAUGAGGGCAUUGUAUGUAAUAGGAAAAAAGAAUUUUGUCCCACCAACACUAAAGGACAAAGAGAAAUGGUCAGCAGAAAUGCAUCAUUUUAUUAAAGCAGCAUUAGUCAAGAAUCCCAAGAGAAGACCCAAUGCUGAUAAAAUGCUUACUCAUCCUUUCUGUUGUCGUCAUCUCACAAAAGCUGUUAUACAAGAUUUAUUGGACAAGUACACUUCACAAGUUAAUGAGAGAACUUUUCCACAUGAUGACUCAGAUGAAGAAGAAGUUAUUGAUGAGAAUGUUAGGGUUGCAACAAGAAUACGGUCUACCAAAARUUCCCAUUCAUCAAAAAAUAUGUCUGAUGAAAUGUUAAAUGGUGUUCAAGUGGAGCCAAUGGCAAAGCGAGAAACAAAAAGACAUUUUGAAAGCCCUGGAGUGGAAGAUAAUGGGACAAUGAGGGCUGCAAGCGAUUCAGGUACAUUCAAAGCAAAAGGUGUUGAUGAAGAUGAUGAUAUGCCUCCUCCAUUACCGCCCAAAGAAAGCAAAGAUCAUUACCAGGUUCCUAGAGCAAGUAUGAAACCACCACCACCACCGAAACCAGAUCACCUUAAAGUAGCCAGAAGUGUCAGUGAGCCACCCAAAGUACCACCCCCUAGYAUGCCACCACCACCGCGACCCCCCAUAGGUAAAGUAAAUAAUGGAAUYCCAUCUCCUCAUCCAAGACCUAAACAUGUAGUUACAACUUGCUUUUCAAAGAUCUUCAAUGAGUGUCCAGUUCACAUACAUUGUACAGCAACCUGGAUAAACUCUGCUACUAGAAAUAAGCACAUUCUGAUUGGUGCAGAUGAAGGAAUAUACUCCUUGAACAUUACUGAUCAAGUUCAUGAUAUAGAGAUGGAACAGAUAAGUUCUAAGAAAUGCACAUGGCUUGCAGUAAUAGAAAACAUCAUGGUCUCUAUAACAGGUACUCCGCCUUGUGUCUCGAUGCAUAACUUAGUCUCUUUACAUGAUAAACAACAUCAGUCAUUCUUGAACACCAUGACAAGAGGUGUUGGUUUCACGCAAAGAAUCCCAGAAUCAAGAGGAUGUACAAAAUGUUGUAUUGUUAAUAAUCCUUAUAACAAUCAGUUGUACCUGUGCACCGCAUUACCUAAUAAUAUUUUACUGAUGCAGUGGUAUGAACCACUMGGGAAGUUCAUGAAAGUUAACAUGUAUGAAGUUAACCUCCCCUCCCCUAUCACAUUGUUUGAGACGUUAAUUGUACCUGAUAUGGACUACCCUCUAAUUGUAGUUGGAGUGCGGGAAAAUGCUGAUAGGACAUUGGCUUUCGACUCUGUUAACCUCAACACGACUUCCAAUUGGUUCACAGAACACAAAGAAGGGAAAAAGUUGAACGUCGAUCAUUUUGACCAGCUGGAAAAAGAGACCAUCCUCAUCUGUGCAGAAAAUUCCAUAAAGUUCGUCAAUUUGGAAGGAAAACCAAAGCAAACGAAACGUGGUGUGGCAGAAAUACGUUUUGACAUUAAACCGGAGUCAGUCGUUUGUUUACAAGGCAGUGUGCUAGGAUUCCACAAGCAUGGUUUACAAGGAAGAAGUUUACUCACAGGACAGAUAAGCGUUGAGAUGAACGAUCAAAAGAGAUUAUUCAGGCUUCUUGGUGCAGACAGUAUAGCAGUAGUUGAAAGCAGAUCUACCAAUGAUCCUGAUGGUCCAUGUAAUCUAUACAUCCUGGCAAGUGCACCCAAGCAAAGAUGAACUCAUUUGUACCAAUUUAUAACCAUUGUAUAUUGAAAGCAAGACUAUGUAAUACCCAUAAAUAGUCUGACUUGGAACAACUUGAUUUCUUCACUUGAUAAAGACAUUAAUAUAACAAUGUAAGGUUGAACUGGAGAAGCUCAUACCUUAGUACAAUACCGCCUACAAAAUGGUUAACAAAGAUCAGUUUUAAAACGGAAMGUUUUGUCUCGCCCUGUGUAGAGGAGGAGAAAUGACAUGUUGACAAAUUACUGUGCAAAGUUCUCAUUUAGUAACUUGGUUAUGGAAGUCUGGAAGUUGUCGCUUCCAUGGUUUUCACAAAGCUGCCAAGUGAAGCCACGUCCGUUUUUUGAGCGRAAAGUUGAUAAUAGAAAAAAUCGUUUUGUAAUUUGACUGAAAUAGUUUAUGRCUAGAAGCAAUAACGUUGAAAAUGAUUGUUGUGUAUUUUGACCCAGUGCUCACAAUCCACUCAUCGCCAUAUGACGUCAUAGAUGUAAUUAUAAGUUGAUGAAAUGUUAUUUUUGGAAAUCUUAUACACAUAGCACUAUAGUUGUUGAUAAAAGUCUAAAUUUUGUAAAAAAAAAGUAAAAGAAAAAUAAUGAUUGCACUAAAUGAAAUUUUUUUCUGAGUAAACAGAAAUAAAAUGUUUAAUUGAA